UAUUCAUACCAUUAGAAUAUCAAAUUUGGACAUCAAUUUGCUUGAACCAAGCUGUAGUGUUGACGUUGGAACGUGGACAGAAAGUGGUCAGCUUUUAUAUUGUACCUGCAACUGCUUUAAUGACGGUCAGUGUGGAACAGUUGAAGAAACGGCGACUUGUUCUCCAUCGCAGUAUGUUUGCACUGUCAGUCUUACUAUUACUAGUAAUUUAUGUCAAGAUUAUGAAACAAGAUGUAGCAUACAGAGCACUGCGAGACGUUCUUCAUUCUAUACAGAUCCUGAAGCUGAAAUGAAACGAAGGGCAGCACUGGCCGAACGACCCCAUAAAUUUGUCGGAAAGCGACAAACAGAUGAGUCAGAACUUAUAACAGAGGAAAUGGCAAGAAUUUAUUGUACUAACAAUGUUACAACAGAAACAAUUGAAAAGAAUCAACACCUGCUUGGUGGAUUUAAUAUUACACAGGCAAUUGACGAAUGCACAUGGAAUGUCCACACUGGGCAAGAUCUCGGAUGGAUUGCUACACACAAACAGGCAGCAGAUUCCGCUAUUGAAAUCGGUUACAAAAGAGAUGCAAAUUACACACUAUAUCACACUGAGGAAUUGAAGGAGUUCAAAAUGCAGUUAUGUCCUUUCAAUUGCAACGGGAAUGGUGUUUGUCAGGAAAAUGGUACAUGUACGUGUGACAGUUUAUAUUUUGGUCCUGAUUGUGGAACUAAGAAAUCUAAUAGACCAACCAUAGAAGAUAUUGAAGGAGGCGGAUUUUGUGAUCAGCGUUAUGGGAGUGAAUGUAGAUGUUUUUCUGUACAGACAGAAGCGCUGGCGGAGUCCUUUCAAUGCAAGAUGGUUAGGCAAAAGAAAAUGUUGAGUGGGGAUACGCUAACAAUUGGAUCGGAUUCAACAGAGGGCAGAUAUCGAAAUCUUUACAAUGGUGAAUGCUGCUUUGCUGAAGGGAGACGGAAACGCUCGAGUGACACAGAAACAGGUGUACUGCAUUACUUGUAUGACAUAUCAAUCAGUAACGAUGGCACGAACUUCGGCCCGGUCACGAUUGUUUACGUUUUUGAUUCGUUGUGCCUAAAUAGAAAUACAGACAGUGAUGAGAACGUGCAAUUUACAGUUAAGGCUGACACUUGCCUAAUAGAUGGCUACUGCUACGAACAAAAUGACGUGAAUAUAAGUAACGUUUGCUUCAAGUGUGAUCCCAGUAAUUCUCAAUACAACUGGACUCAAGGCUGCAUGUCACCCCCAAAUGACGAGGAAGGGAGCCUAACUGCUUCUAAUAUAGCUGGUAUUGUUGUUGGAGUGAUUGUUGGAAUUAUGAUUGUAACAACGAUAGUGUUCAUUGGUGUCAAAAAAGGAUGCAAAAAAGGUUCAGUCAAUGCAUCUCUGGGGUUUUCAUCAGGGCCAGUCGUAUCACGAGAACCUAGCAGAAUGUCGUUUAACGUCGACAACCUUACUUAUGGGCAAACAUAAAUCCUUUCGAACUGGAUACGCUGGAGUAACCAAGAGGUUCACUUUUGAUAUUGAAUAUAAGCAGUGUUAAUUGCAGAAAUCUUUAUAGUGCCCAUAGGCGUAAUGAAUUUAGCAUAACAAAUUUCUCAUUCUCAUUGUUUUGUUUACACUUUGUGUAUAUUCGAGACGAACUCAUUUAUUUAUCUUUAACUUCCAAGAAGCAUUAAGGCAAUGUUACACGCAUUCCAAACAUUUAAUGCAGUUAACUUUGUGAUAUGAAAACGAAUAAUGGACAUCAGCGCUAACUAUUUCCACAAUAUGAAAGCAAUAAAAUCUUAAAAAAUACCUCAUACCUGUGUGGCAGAACGAAAUGCUGUAAUUAUGUUUCCUUUUAAUAAAAAAUGAUUAAAGUUACUUGAUGAAAAAAUGAAAAAUGUUUAUUAUAAAAAAAUGGUAAUUUAUAUCAUCAACAUAAAACAUUUGAAAAUCAAGAAUUAUUCAUGUAUCGAUAUUACAAAAUCAACAUUGCAAUAAUACAUAUUUGUUUGUAAGUUGGUUUGCAGAAAAUACAACGUAUCUAUUCAAAAUGCAUGUAAUGCUAACCUCAAGUCCCGAUGUUUUGUUAUAUGACUGGAAACAAUCAGAACUACAAUUAUCCUACUUCUGAAUCUGAAACAAGUUGAGCUGUUCUGUACAUAAAAGCAUAAUAUGACUCUUUGCUCGGAAAAAAUGAAAGAAAAAGGUUUUACAACAACAUACAACGUUCAAAAUAAGGUUUUAGAAUAUAUACAGUAAAGAGGACUUUAUCCAGCGUCUUUCAAGUGCAGAUUUGAGUAACUGUUUUAACACACCAUGUGUGCAUAAUGCGUGGUCAGCUUCUCAAACCAUUUUAUUUCAUAUUACAUACAAUCGCCUCUAUUAAUUUUACAUUUAGGUAAAACUGAGUUUAUGAUAUUUGGGUCAGUAAGAAAAACUAAAAAAGGUAAAAUCAUUUACUGUCAGUUGUAAUUGUCAUACAAUACCGUCUAAGGACAAUGUAAAGUAUAUUGGGUUCACGAUUGAUAAUAUGGUUGUGAAAUAAUUGUAGACCCCAUAGUAACAAAAUUUAAUUCUAGAGUGAGGUUUUUAUAAAGAAAUUGCUGCAAGUUAAGUCUUCAAACAAGACAGACACUCACUCACGCUCUGGUUCACUAUGCAUGCACAUCUUGGUAUGCAGUAUUAACAAAAAAGUUAAAACACAAAUUUGCAAAUUUGUCAAAAUAAGGUUAUUAGAUUUUUAUUAGACCUUCCUUGAAGAACCAGUGUAACAUGAAAAGAACUCGGUACUUUCAGUAUGCUUAGACAGAGACCGACAACUUACUUAGCCACGUGUUUUAUAUGUUUAAUGGCAAAGCCCUGAAAUACUUAUAUAACAACUAGAGUAUCUACAAUUCAUACUAGGACCAGAUCUAGCCUAUGUUACUUUAUUGUUUCUAAAAUAACAAGUUUUGAAUAAAGAUUGGGAUGCACUGUCAGAGGAUCUUAAAACAAUCAAAUCUAAACAGGGUUUCAUAUACGAAGUUUAAAUCGGCCCGGGAUAGAGAAAACUGGGAUACUAUUUUUACUAACGUUUCUUAUAAUCAAUUUGGAUAUAUUUAUAUAAUAUAUUAUAUAUUUUAAUAAGUAAGAUAUUUAGACAUAAAAAUAACAGUUGAAAUCGCCAGUUAUCUUAAGAAUCAAUGCAAUGCAUAUGCGCGUGUGGAUUGUCCGUACCGCUAUGUAUUGUUUAAUAUAUCAUGUGAAUUUUAUUUAAGACAUCUUUGUAAAAAAAAACAAUUGUUAAGAUAUACAAUUAUAAGUGAUAUAGGAAUUGAUUAAAUGCCAAAAGAAAUAUUAAUGCCAGGGACCCGAAUAUAAAUAAGUACUUGAACUUUUUUGGGCUACCCCAGGUAUGGGCGAUCACUACUACAUAUCUCCGUAAAGACUUUGGUGCAAUUCAGUGACAACGAAAACUCUCUUGUUAUUAAGAACAUGUAAAUUUUCAUGUAACUUCUAUGUUUUAGAUACUUUUUGUAUUUUUGUUUUAUGUAAUUUGGUCAUAUACCUGAAUAAAAUUGAAUUGAAUUGAAUUGAAAUCAUUGUAUUUCAAAAUUGAUGGUAGAUUUGAGAAUAAAUGCUAGUAAUAAGAGUUGGUUGGCUUUAUGUAAUGCAUUUGUAGAAAUUUGCAUUUAGAUUUAAAGAUACUGCCUACUUAUCUAAUUU